UCUACAAAUACAUUGCCGAGUUUGUUGUUUGGGGUCGAGCUAGUAGGUACGUAGUAGGUAUACAACAACCUGCACCUGCAGCAUGGCGGCACCAGUCAACACCUCCUCCGAGCUGCUGGCUGUCACUGGUGAUGGAAGCUCCAGAAGUGUGGUGGAGAACCUUUUGAGGCAACCCAGCAGCAGACCACAGACGGAAAAACCAAAGACCUUUAAGGUAGCAAGGAGUCCACUGCUUGACCAGCUGCAAGCUUUCUUACCGGAGUUCCAGCGGUCCACUGAUCAGCUCUUGACACAGCCACAGCAGCAGCUGAAUGACCUCAACAUUGAAAACACUAAGGAAGAUGACAAAGUGAUAGAGAUGAACCUGCUAGUGGGGCAGCAAGAAUCAAAUGACAGUGAAGAUGAGGAACACGGCGAGGCUUCAUCAGGGGAGGAUUCCACUGACAGUGACUCAGAGGAUAACAUGCUGCAUCCAAAGAAUCUGCAGCUUCCCAGCACCACCCGAAACCACCAGCAAAACCUCAUACAAGUGUUAUCUGAAUGCGCAGAGGAGGAGGAACGCUCUGAUGGUGAAAUGACAGUGGCAUCCUCAAGCUCAGGGGAGCGGUGAGUCCCAGCCACACCACAUUUCCUCCACUACAGGGCUUAUUGUGUUCAUAUGCACCUAAAGUACAUUAUUUACAUGUACACUAGUUGCUCCACAGAAAGUUGUGAAAAGAAAAGGAGUUCAGAAGGAAUACCGAAAAGUGUAAGUACCUUAAAAGACAUACUAUGUGUAAUUAAAAACUUUCUUCGUUGUCCUCCCCAUAGAGGAAUAAAUGAGACAAAUAAUGAGUCAACAAAAUAAUAUGGAUAGUCCUGAAUAACUGUGUUUAAUCUAAAAUGUGAGAUAAUUAUGAGUAUAUGGAACAAAGCGUGAGCUGUUGGAUAAAGUGAUGAUUACUGUUGUUUGUCUUUGUGUCAUUUGUUUCAUUGCAUUGAAUCAUGCAAACUACAGUAGAAAGUAAUGAUUCUAGAAUGAAGGAUGUAGUUGUAAAGGGAAGAGGUGUGAAUGAGAUGAUAUAAUGGAGAGAAAAGUUAGAAUAUGAAAAAAAUAAAUUAAAAAAAAAAAAAAAAAAAAAUAUAUAUAUAUAUAUAUAUAUAUAUAUAUAUAUAUAUAUAUAUAUAUAUAUAUAUAUAUAUAUAUAUAUAUAUAUAUAUAUAUAUAUAUAUAUAUAUAUAUAUAUAUAUAUAUGUAUACACAUAUAAGAGGAGAAGCAAGGAGAUAGCAGUGCAUGUUAUGGAUGAAGAGCUGUAGUAGUGUUGCUCAUUGGAGCUGUUGAGUUGCAGACCAGCCAAAACCUUCAAGUGGAUGGCUUAUACCAGAAUAUGUAAAUGACAAAUGUGUCAAAGUAAAAAGUCUUUAUGUGUUAUUUUCAAAAUGUUUUUAACUAAAUCCUAAAAAUUUAAUUAAAAGUAAACAUCUUUCAA